CUCAACUUCACCUUCGAGUUCCUUAUCUGAUCUUUGUCUGAUCUCAGUGUAGAAAACACUACCUAAGUGAAUACCAACAAUGCUAUCACGGCCCUGACGAUAAAUCGCGAUUCCCCACUAUCCGCUACGUCCUCUAGGAGACGCUUCGAGAGUGUGCAGUGUAUCUGAGGCUUCACAACAUCAUGGACUCGAACGACGCCCUGUUUGUAGCCGAAGCCGAAGUCGAUCAGAAGCUACGUGCGCGAAACAGAGGCGGUGCCUCCAAAACACGCGUCCUUCACGACCAACCGACCAAGUCCGGCGAUAGCUCCCUUGCGCUGCACGGCGAUAAUGAGGAUGUUCCACUACUUAGUGACGGGGGGAGUAGUCGGAGAGAUAGCAUUGAGAGCGAUAAUGAAAGCUCGCCGCCGGAAUGGUUCGGGACCGUUGAACUUCAAGGCCUUCCCUGGUGGAACAGGCCUUCGAUAUUUUGGCUACUGCCGCCAUUUCUGCUCUCCACCAUAGCGUUUGGUGGCAUUGUUGUCCCCAAGCUGAACUUGAUCCUGACUUUGAUUUGUAAAGACUAUUAUGCAGACAAGUCUAUCGAUUCGGGGCCUAUGGCUCUUGGGGACAAGAGUUCACGAUGCAGGACAGACGAGGUAUCUUCGCGCGUAUCCCUGUUCCUCCUUUACGGUUCCCUCUGCUCCGGGUUACUGUCGGCCAUUACAAGCCCCAAACUCGGUGCCCUCUCGGAUCGAUAUGGACGGAAGAAGAUAUUGGCCUUGACAACAUGUGGGAUGCUUGUGGGAGAGAUUCUGACCAUCCUAGCCGCCAAAUACCCUGAGUCUGUCGACUUGAAUUGGAUUCUAGUCGGUUAUGCCCUAGACGGCCUGUGUGGCUCUUUCAUUGUCGGCAUGGCGCUCGCGCAUUCUUACGCUACGGAUUGCACGCCCCCUCAGAAACGGAACAUAGCGUUUGCCUAUUUCCAUGCAUGUCUCUUCACUGGUAUCGCCAUUGGACCCAUCCUUGCGGGCUAUAUCAUUAAGAAGACCGGAUCCGUGUUGUUAGUAUUUUACAUCGCUUUAGUCUGCCAUCUUAUUUUCAUCAUUUUCCUUCUAUUUUGUAUCCCCGAAUCACUCUCUAAAUCCCGUCAAGAAGCCGCUCGGGAGAAACAUCGUCAAGAGAUGGAGCGUCUCGGCCCCGCAUCGGAUUGGAUCAAUCAGUUACGAACUGUGAACCUGUUUCGGCCUCUCAAGAUCCUCUAUCCAACAGGGCCUGGCUCCAGCCCUGCUGUCCGUCGAAACCUUUUGCUCCUAGCUGCUACGGACACUGUUGUGUUCAGCGUGGCUAUGGGCGCCAUGGGGGUGACAGUAAUCUAUCUCAACAUUCAAUUCGGCUGGGAUGACUAUGAGUCUAGCAAAUAUGUCUCGAUUGUCAACAGCUGCCGGGUCUUUUGUCUCAUGGCAGUGCUCCCAGCCAUCACACGGCUCGUCCGUGGCAAAGAAGGCACCUAUCGGCAGCGAAACUCGGGAUCCGACCGCUUUGAUCUAUACGUCAUCCGAGUUGCAAUAUUUUUUGAUAUGCUUGGAUACUUAGGUUUUUCGCUUUCGCGAGACGGCCGCCUCUUUAUCCUAUCCGGUGCCGUUGCCUCGAUUGGUGGUAUUGGCUCACCAACUCUUGGGUCUGCGUUAACCAAGCAUGUGCCACCGGACAGAACAGGUCAACUGCUUGGUGCUACAGGGCUUUUGCAUGCCUUUGCGAGGGUCAUAGGUCCAACGAUUUUCAACGGGAUUUAUAGUGCUACGGUUAGCAAGUUCAGGCAGACUGUCUUUGUUUGUUUGGCGGGUACUUUUGGGCUGGCUUUUGUGUGCAGUUGGCUUGUGAAGCCGCAUGUCUACCUUGAGGACUUCGAGCCAGACGGAUUUCCCAGAACGGGCACCACUCCGGUUGAGGAAGAUGGUAUAGUUGGAUGAUUUGCAUGUUUACUAUACUUUCUACCUGCUUGAUCGCAUUUUCUAGUUUUCUGGAAUGAUUUGGCUACAUCCACGUGGCAUUAUUUUGGUACUACUUUCGGCGCUCAAUCUGCUUUGUUUUGAGCCAAAGUAUACAGGAAGAUGUUAGGUUCUCGGGCAGCAAACUUUCCUCUGCAUAAGAUACGAAUCACGACUUCCUUGGGUGUAGAUAAGGUUUUAAGGCUUUUACAUAUGAAUAACUUCCUCCAAGAAUCUACCUAGAGUUGUAAGAACA